AUGCCAGGUUAUGAGGCGGAAAGAGAUCGACUUCGCGAGCAUCUCGGCAUCGAGUGGAUUCAGAAUGGACUCGCCAAAUCUGGUAAGGUUAAGCUAUCACGGCCAAACAUUUGGUAAUUGAAACCUCUCCAAGAAAACCUCGAUAGAUUAUGCCUGACUAAGUACUUCAAAUCAAGAUUCUCUAACUUGUGCGGUUCUGAGAAUUGUCUAUAAACCUCAAAGCUAGCGAUAGGAACUAAACUGUGAAGGCUUGACAAACAUCAAGCACUCCUAUAGCAAAUUUUUGUAAAUUCUGCCGACCAAGAAACUAAUUUCUGUGGCGUAGGCCUAAAGUUUCGCAUUCUAUCUCGGCCUUUGGUUAUAACUAGAACUAAUUAAGAUUGAUUCGAUAUCUUCAAGUUAAUAAGGCUCUAGACUUUCAAAACAUUGUUUAAGUCAAACUUUGCUGAGCCAUUUUUGCUUCAAGAUGUCUUCAAAAAGCAACAAUUCAACAGAUCUUGAGAUCAUUGUUGUUCUAUGUAUCCUAGCUGAUCUACAAUAUAGUCUUUCGAUCACAUUACCCAAUGUUUGCCUCUUUUUCUAAUUUCUCGCUUCGUCAUCCUCCGUGUCGUAAUCCAUUGUCACUCGGAACAAAAAGUGGGGGGGGAGACGUGUCAAUUUCUCUCCACAAUUGGCCAGGGGAAGAAUAGCUGGAUGAGAAGGGGGGAAAAGCUGGUUCCUCAUGGACAGGUUCAUUUCGGAAUUGCCACAAAAUGAGAGAAAGAGAAGACAUGUACCCAACCCUUGCCGAGAACGAAAAAAGUUGUGAAAUGAGAAGAGAAUGAUGAUGAGAUCUCGGAAUUAUGAGACCGUCUUGAAGUUAUGAGAUUUCGUUCGGGCUGGCCUAACUUUUUCGUCGCCUCACCACUUCACUUAGGGCCUCACUGAUCAAAUCCAGACUGACGGUACAAACACGUUUUUUUGUGUGUGUGUGUGUGUGUGUCUUAUCAAAAAUGCCAUCCAUAAAGGCCGCAUUGCGCCAUCAGUGAAAAAUUAGGCGAAAGUUGGAUGAAGAUAGAGAUCGAAUAGGAUCGGAUCGGCCGAAUUAGUCACUCUUUUUUGGGGACACUCAACAUUGCGUAACAGGCAAAACAGAAGCGGAAGUGGCAGAAUUGAGGCCAGGGAAGUUAUCUCUCUUUUUUUUGUAAACUCACUCCGAAGAGUAUUGUAGCGGUUUGAAGUUAGGACAACACUCGAAAACACGAACUUUCAAGGGCCACAUGAAUCUUGCCAUUUGCAGGCUGGACCGACAAGCCGAUCCGUCACCCGACCGACCUGAACUGCGACUUUUCGCACCCGGAAAAGUGCCAAUGGAAGAACAUGCCCGAUGAUAAUCAAAUGGACUCUCGCGACUUUUACCUCUUCGAAAAGAUCGACUAUACCGAGUUCCCCGCGCUGCGCGUGGGUCCAGGUCCCACAAAAAUUCAGCAGGGCGACAAAAUGAUAUUCGUGGGCGACAAGAAGCGCGAGGAGCAGCACGCGAUCUUCUACUCGUCGCCGAUCAACUGCCAGAACUCCACCGGAAACCUCACUUUCACCUACUGGGUCUACAACAGUGCGCGCGUCGAGGUGCUUCUUUUGGAAGAUGACGGUCGCGGUGGUUACAAGAUGAUUUUCGACGAUCCGUCCGAAGAGAAGCCCUACGUGGAUUGUGGAACUAUUCAAUUGAAUACAGAGUGCCACGCCGAGAUUCCGCCCCGGGACCGCCCUUUCCGAAUCGGCAUCCGCGCCUAUGAGAUCGCGAACACCGACGGCUCGUUCGUCAUGAUCGAUAAUAUUUUGUACUCGGCGAGCUUGUGCAAAGUGGGAAGUGAGUGAUUGUUGAAAAUGUUCGUGGCAAUAUGUACAGCACUCUGUUUCCAGUUGACCUCGGCGAUAACUUCCGUUCGAGCCCUCUGGAAACUGGCGCUAGCGGGAAGCAUGUCGAGUCGGCGGCCGAGUUGAAAUGCGACAACUUCGACGCGAAGUGUCGUUGGCGAUCCGGAGGCGAUGCAAUGGUGGUAGGCAACUUUUCUCUCUUUCUCUCUUUUGUUUUUCUCAAAAUCAUUCUCAGAUGUGGCGCCGUUCGGCCUCCAUCCUGCCCAACGAGCUUCUCCUGAACGCGACCGGAACUACGGUGGGGCCACGUGGUGGAUACGCGAUGCUCUACGUGGAGCAGGGCACACAGAAGAAGUCGCUCGACAUCCUCAGAUCCGAUCCGAUCACUUGCCAAAGUUUGACCGAGAAUGAGUUUACUUUUAGGUCGGGCUUUGUUCAAAAUAGAUAUAAUCUUGACGAAAUAUGAUUUCAGAUUCUGGGAGUUUGGACAAAUCGAGUUGGAAGCGUGUGCUGUGGACCUGACGCUCAAGGACAUUGAAUGCAUUCCGAUCCCCCGCGGAAGCUCUCCGGCCAAUGUAAAACUCACGUUUAGAAAAGCGACCAAGAACUUUAUGAUCACAAUCCGCGUCUCCUCGUUCAAUGCCGACUUUGACAACAUGGUCAUCGUGGAUGACGUCUCCUACCGGGCCACCCUCUGCACCGACGCCCUCUCCGUCUUCGACAUCGGCGAUUCCUUCGUCUCCACCCCGAUGCUCUCGCUUCUCCUCAAUCGGAACGUGCACACCGCGCAAGAUCUUUCGUGCGACUUCUCGAAACGAGCCUCCGCGUGCCUCUGGGGAAUGCUCAAUCAGGAGGACGACGCGACGGAGAUCGCUUCGAACACGUGGGCGGUCGGACACGGACCGCUGAACGACGAGAAGUUGUACUCGUUGACGGGUAUUUCGGAGCCGCCUGAGGGCGAGUUUGGAGUCGCCAGGUUCGAGACGGGCGGCACCGCCAUUCUUCUAUCGGAGGUCGUCAGAUGUGCUCUGGACAAUGUGCACGUCCAGUUUCGACUAUGGACUACGGGUAGUGCGAAGAUCAAGGUGAGUUCUUCUCUACCAUUCAUCCGGGACCGAUUAAACUUCUCUAGGUGUGUCUGGUCGAAGAGUCCUCCCCGUCGCUGCUCGACUGCCAGGACGCGACGAGCGGAGACGUCGUCGUCGACCUGCCCCGAAUCCGCCGCCCAUUCCGCGUCGCCUUCUCCGCCGAGGCCGAAGAUCAGGGAAUGGUUUUGAUCGACGACAUCGUGGUGACCGGACAGAUCUGCCCUCCGACCGCCGCCAAGCAGUUCUCCUCGAAGACGUUCCGUCCGACCGCAGACAUUCCGGAUCCAAAUGUCUGUCGGCUGCUCUCCUGCGAUUUCCACCUCGGACACGCGUGUCUUUACGAGAGCUCUCAAGUGUCCAAUUCGGCGAUGCACGGAGUGGCAAACCGAAAAUUGAGCGCGUUUCUGACGCGCUCCAAACGAGUCUUCAUUCUCGAAUCCCCACAAUUCCGGCUGAAUACGGUAGCCCGACUGCAUUUUGAUUACAAACUUCUUGUAAGUUGGUUACUGUCUUCAAAGAUUACGGUAGAUAACUUCAGGGUGAUGCCAAUCUAUUCAUUUGCAAUGAUAGUGGAACCAAAGAGUUGGAGAGUUGUUUCAAGGUGGAAGGCCGCGAGGGAAACGAUUAUAUCGAGUUGUUGGCCAGUGAUACCAAGGUACAAUACCAUAAUCUCCUACCAUACUUCAAUGCUUUUCCCCACCAGGUCUAUAUAAUAUCCCGAUUGUCGGAAAGCGGCAAGUCUGGCGCGUUGGAAAUCUCAAAAAUUGUGUUCACGGAUACGAGUGAUCAGGCAAUUUGUUAA